AAUUAUUGUGUUCUUGGCUCUGUAAACACAACACGCGUGUUUUUAUCAGAGUUCGCGGCGAAGGAUAUUUUCGCACGAGAAUUAUUAUUAUAUACGUGUGCAGGACAGGUACCUAUAUACACCACAAGCAUUACGCGCAAAGUGAUAACGUAUACUAUGCACCAAUAGAAGCGCACUUCUUUCGAAAGGGGAAUGUCGUGUUUCGUGUUCGGAAGACCGGGUGCUCCGGGUGCCUGAAUCUCUCGGUGGCAUUAUGGCAAAAUGGUAACGUCCAGAGUAGCAUCAACGAACAAACGAUCGUCUGCUGCAAUGCUCUGUUGCGCCCGAAAGAAGGGCCGUGAUCGAGCUCAAGACUUGGCCACAACAUCCAGACAUGGCCAACAGCCAUUGCCGGCUGGAACAAAAACUAAAGAUGCACUGCCAGUGGUCUUACAGAGUGAUUUCCGAAAAUUAAGCGGGAUUAGUAAAGAAGAUUUUCGAUUAAUCGAUACCAUUGAAAAUGAGUAUGAUGCAACUACAGCAGCAGCACUUGAUGCAGUACAGCGUAGAGGUGAAAUGGUUGUCCGAAUACUGGACCCGAGAAUUCACCUCACUAAAACUGCUACAGAUGCAGCUAAAAAAUUUCUAAUGCUUCAAGAUUCUAAUCAUAUAGUUAAUCUUGUUGAGAUAAUAAAAAGACCUGGACAGACUUUAGGAUUAUACAUUCGAGAAGGUAACGGUAUAAAUCGUCACGAUGGUCUAUUCAUUUCUAGAUUAGCUCUUGAGUCGGCAGUAUAUAAUAGCGGAUGUAUACAGGUUGGUGAUGAAGUAUUAGCCGUAAACCUGGUAGACGUUACUAGAAAAGCCGUAGAUGAGGUUGUGAUUAUUAUGUCGAUACCUAGACGACUGGUAUUAGCUUUAAGACAAACAAGAGGUAUUCAUCGAGCUUCAGCCAAUGUUUCAUUGGCCUCUGCUAUGCCUAGUCAUCAACCUCCAGUUGUUGUGAUCAAAAAGGAUAUUAGUAGAGAAUCAGAUGAUCAACAUGACGACGAUGAUGAUGAUAUGCAUAUGAAAUCAUACAUGACUACAGGAAGAGUAAAUCAAAGAAAUAAAGAAAACAUGAACGAACAACGACGAAGAGAAUCUAGAGGAAGAUCACAAUCUCAACUUGCUUUGGAUUCAAAUGGUGAUAUUUCCGGAGAUCUCUAUUACAAUUCACGGCCUCCGGAAUCAAGAAGACAAGUGUCUACGCUUGACCGUCGUAAUAAUUGGUCAUAUCAGCCUCCUCAUCCACCAGUUUCUAAUGAACAACCCAAAUCUCAACAUUUUCAACCGUUUGAUAAAGCAUAUCCUAAAACCUUAGAAUCAUUAGCUGAAAAGGUACAUCCAUUUUGUCCAGGUGGACAGUCUUCAACUGGCAGAAGAAUGUCAGCAACAACUACACAACAACAAUAUCGCCGUAAUAAUAUUCCAAGAUCUGGUUCAGAUCAGUAUCUACCUAGAUCUGAAUAUGAUUAUGGAAACAGACCAUAUCGACAAUCGCAAACGUUGAUGAGAUCCGGACUUAGAAGUAGUGCUGGCGCUGGAUCCGGAACACGUUUAGUUUCUCAAUACUCGCAAGGAUCGUCUAGAACAUUACCAAGACACCUAGAUUAUGCAUCAGAUACUGAAGCAACCAAAGUAACGUCUACAUCGCCAUACUACUAUAGAGGUUCUUCUCAAAUAUCAGGCGUUUCAAAUAUAUCGAGAUUGCAGGGAAGUGCCACAAUAUCUAGAAGUAAUUCUCUAAGGUCAAAUUCACUUCCAAGAGAUAUUCGUACCCCGCGUACCCCACUUUCAUCUCUUAACACAAGCUUGAGAGGUAGUUUGAGGCGGUACAAUACACAAGACAAUCCUAAAAUAUCAUCUUCUCUGUUAAGUGAUCAUGAAGAUAGUGAUGGUAACCUCAGUGCUCCCGAAUUUCAAAUGCGACGUAAAAAUCGAUUAGUCAGCUCUCCUAGUGUAUUUACAGCUGAUGAAUACAGAGCGUGGAUGAGUAGAGCACCGUCGACCAGUGCUAUUUAUGAUCGUAUACGAAACGUUUGCGACCCAUCAUUAAAACAACAAAAAGUACAAAGAUUCACAUUUAGCGCUGAGAACCUACCGGAAAGAACUAGGCAUUCGGAACUGAUGAGUUAUUCUGGAACUAAUGCAGAUUUAAGACCAUUUAGAGGUCUUGGGUCUCCAGCAUUACCUUCAGCAACGACAUCAACAUUAGACAGACAUACUAGAACGUCAUCACUAAGAAGAAUUCGACAUCUUUUAGAACUUGAAGCUAAACAUUUGGGUCGACGUAGUCCAUCAUCCACUUCAGAUUUACAAGCUGACAGAGCUCGAGUGUUGGAAAUUAAUCCAGCUGAGUUUUUAAAAUACAAGUUUGAAAAAACUACAGUAGACAAUGCCCCACCUAUAAGUGGUUUAUUAUGGGUCCAUUUACUGGCUGGCAGAGGUCUCAGAGCGACACCUACGACUGUAUUACCAGGUCAACCUACAAAUGUUAUGGCAGCCACUGGUAGUUCGAGAGACUUGUACUGCGUCUUGGAGUGCGAUCGCGUACACAAAGCCAGAACUGUGGUGCGAACUGGAGAUCUAGUUUUUGAUUGGGAUGAAACAUUUGAAUUGGAUCUUUUAUCAAAUAAAGAAUUAGACUUUUUAAUAUACUCAUGGGACCAACAAUACAGACACAAAUUAUGUUACAAAGGAUCAGUACAUCUGGCAUCUUUAGUUAGAGAUAGUCCCGUACAUCAAUUAGCUUUAAAAAUUGAACCUCGGGGUACACUAUAUUUACGACUAAGGCACACCGAUCCUUACCAGACUUUUAUCAGAAAAACCUUAAGAACUUCAACCACACUACCGCCAAGAACGAAAACUGCUGGACUUUUUGGUGUUGAUCUCGAGUCAGUAGUCACACGCGAAAGUGGCGCAAUUUCUAGUUCUUUAUCUUCAUUAGCACAAGCACCAGCCACAGCAUCCGUACCAGUUAUUGUUCGAAGAUGUAUUGAAGAAGUCGAACGUAGGGGUUUAGACAUUAUUGGUCUUUAUCGACUUUGUGGAUCCGCUUCUAAGAAACGGAUUCUCCGAGAAGCUUUUGAACGCAACCCGAGAACUGUGGAUUUAUCGCCGGACAACGUCCCCGAUAUUAACGUAAUCACAGGUGUCUUAAAGGACUAUUUGAGAGAACUUCCCGAACCUCUCUUCACGCGUUGUCUGUACCAAAUGCUUCUUGAUGCGUUAACGGUAUUGUUACCUGACGAUCCACAGGCCAACGCAAAAUUGAUGUUAUCGAUUUUAGAUUGCCUGCCAAAGUUGAAUAGAGCUACAUUAACAUAUAUUAUGGAUCACCUGGCACUUGUUGUGUCGCAAUCCCCGCGAAACAAGAUGUCGGCACAAAAUCUAUCUAUAUGUCUAGCUCCUGUAUUAAUGGUCCAAAGCGAGAUGAAAGAAAAACCGAUCGAUUUCCAACAACCUGUGAACGUGUUACGAUAUUUAUUAGAGAUUUGGCCAACUAAAUCAGUUCGGGAGUGUUUGCCGCCGUCGGUCGUCAACGGCGUUACUCGGCCCCCGCCGCUGCCCGCGAAGCCAUCAUGCGUGCCCGCUGUGCCAACAAGGCGCGUCCCGCCGCCCGUAAUUGUAGCGUCGCCGACCAGUGACACGGCCACGUCCAGCGACGACGACACGGGCGACGACGACGACGGCAACCGCGGCCGCGACGGGACGGCCAUCGAACCGCCACAGAUACCGGCCAGGUCUAACGCUCACCGGCUGACCAAGGUGGCGGCGCCGGAUCCCGACGAGAACGCGGCCGAGACGCCCAGCUCGUCCACCGGCACGGAAGACUCGCAGCGCGACGUGGCCGAGGCGGACGAAGAGAGCUGUGGCGAGGAACAACUGGAACGGAGACCGCGAGUAGUACUGCAGCAGAACGCCAACAACGCCGUCAAGCACAACGCUAUUAACAAUAAUAAUAGUAAUAAUAGUAAUAAUAAUAAUAAUAACCGUCAAUAAUGUUGUGACAAUUAUUGUAUUAUAUAUAAACAAAAAUAUUAGAGAAAAAUGUUUGCCAACUUUCUACCCGGAUAAUAAUAAUAAUAAUAAUAAUAAUAAUCGCGUAUUGUUUGGAGUUCCUUAUAGACAAUAUAAUAUAUAGAAACGAUCUGUAUAUUGGACCGAAGAUAAUUAUAAUAAUAUUAUUAUCAUAAUACCUUAUAAUAUAUUAUAUUAUAAUAUGAUAUACUGUGUCAUUGUUGUUUUUGUUGACGUUGUUGCUGUUUUAGAAAAAAACAAUAUACACAUGCAUAUAUCAUCAUACGAAUAAUAUUAUUAUUAUUAUCAUCUCUAAUUGAUACCUAAUUGUAUUGAAAAAAAAACCAAUAAUGUUUACUCGCUCGCGUUAGGUAGAGGUGUUAGUACUUAGGUCUGUGGUGUUAUAAAAUAUAAUACGGCGAUAUAUUAUAUACAUUAAUAGUAGGUACCUAUAUAUAUUAUAAUAUAUACACUAUGUGGGUACAAUAAAUACUGAAAAUCGAUUGAAAAUUUCAUUAAUAUACAAUGUAAAUACAAUAUUCAAACGGUAGGAAAUGAUAAUCAUUAUUUAGCAUAAUAAUUUUAUACAUUAUAUUUCUAUAAAAUUCCUAAAACUUUUAAGUUUUAACGAAGAAGAUUAAAAACGACAAUAAAUAUAAUACAAGGAAUAAUUUUGUUUAUGCUUUGUUCAAUUAUAUAAUUAUAUUAUCAUUACCAUGUAUAUACAACACGACGACCACGCAAACAUAAAAAUAUUGUUACGUUAAUAAUUUAGUUUAUUGAGGUUUAAGAAAACUGACAUUUAUUGUUUUUUAUGUUUGCUAUCAGAAACUUUCUACAAUGACUCAUUCCUCGUUACAAGAUAGAUAAAUUAAUAAAUUAGUUUAUAUUUUAGAUAUUUUAGAGUCAUACGAGUAAUAUAAACAAUAGCUGAAUAAUAAAGGUAGAAAUUUGGCAAGCAUAAUUCCUCAUCAUUUAAUUCUUACGCACAAAUAUAUAAGUAUAUAUUAUAUAUACGAAUAUAUGUUUGAAAGAAAAUUAAGCACAAAAUAAAAAAUUUAAAUACUGAUUUUGAUCACGUGUUAAUAAAUAUGAUUUAAAUAUGA